UAAUUUGAACAUGGCCUCAAGAAGAGAUUUCCUUGUUGGCGGAAGAAAUGAAGGGUUGUCUUUGGUUCAAGCUCAAAGUCGUGUUCCACCAGCUCAAAGGUCUCAGGUUCAAGCUAACUCUUCAGGUUCAGAUAUAGUUGCUGCUUCUCCACAUGGUGUAGAUGCUUGUCUUCAUACUGCGUUUGAACGCUUUCAAGAGUUUGGCCUGUCUUCUAAUUAUUCGCCUUAUUAUAACUCCACUCCUUCUUCCCUUACUGAAUCACAAAUCAGUGCUUAUUUGUAUAAACUUCAACGAGGUGGUCAUAUUCAACCAUUUGGUUGUCUAAUUUGCGUUAACGAGUCUGAUUUCAGUGUAAUUGCUUUUAGUGUUAACGCACCAGAAAUGCUAGGCUUUACUUCAGGAAAUGAAAUAUCAGGGAACAUGAUGGGUGUUGAUAUGAGAUCACUUUUUGCUCCCGAAGAAUCUUUAAGGCUAGCGAACACUAUUAGGUCCCACCAAUCUCAAGUUUCAAACCCACUUUGUGUUUAUUCCCGCGUUUCUAAAAGACCCUUUUAUGCAAUUUUGCACCGAAUUGAUGUGGGAUAUGUUAUUGACUUCGAGCCUCUAGAAACAGAAACUCCUUCCCUAUUUAUUGCAGGGGUUCUGCAGUCACAGAAGCUUGCCAUGUAUGCAAUGACGAGAUUGCAAUCACUCCCACAUGGGAAUAUCCAGCUUCUGUGUGAUAAAGUUGUUAGUUGUAUGAGGGAAUUUACUGGUUAUGACAGAGUUAUGGUUUAUAAGUUUCACGAUGAUGAACACGGUGAGGUUGUGGCAGAGAGCAAGAUACCAGAUUUAGAUUCUUAUGUGGGUUUGCAUUAUCCAGCCACUGACAUUCCUCAAGCAGCGAGAUUUCUGUUUCAAAAAAAUAAAAGUAGGAUGAUUGUAGAUUGCCAUGCUACAUUUGUCCCUGUGAUUCAGGAUGAAUCUCUUGACAAACCUUUAUGUUUAGGUGGAUCAACCCUUCGGGCUCCCCAUGGCUGCCAUGCUCAAUACAUGGCCAACAUGGGUUCAAUUGGCACAUUGGUGAUGGCUGUUAUCGUCCAUGCUAAUGAUAAAGUCACUGGAAGUCAUCAAAAACACGAAGAGAAAUUAUGGGGUCUGGUCGCUUGCCAUCACAAAUCUGCUCGGUCCCUUCCAUUCCCACGUCGCCAGGCCUGUGAAUAUAUCGUGCAAGCUUUUGGAUUCCAGCUGAAUGGGGAAUUGCAGUUAUUAUCACGACUUAGAGAAAAACAUGUUCUCAGGACUCAAACACUAUUCUGUGGAAUGCUUGUUCGUGAUUCUCUUGCUGCUAUUGUAACUCAAAACCCAAGUAUUAUGGAUCUUGUAAAAUGUGAUGGGGCUGCACUGUAUAUUGGUGGACGUUGCUAUUCAUUAGGUGUGACCCCCACAGAAGCCCACAUAAAACAUAUAGUGGAAUGGUUAUUUUCUAGCCAUAGGAAGUCAGCAGGUUUAACUACUGACAGUUUGGUUUGGGCAAAGUAUCCAGAGGCAACUUCCCUUGGUGAUGAAGUUUGUGGCAUGGCUGUUGCUCGUAUCACGUCAAAAGAUUAUGUUUUCUGGUUUAGAUCCAAUAGGAUUAAGGAAAUUAAAUGGGGUGGUGAAAAAUCUAAUCCGGAUCACAAGGACAAUGACAAGAGGAUGCAUCCGCGUUCCUCCUUUGAAGUAUUUCUGGAAGUAAUUAAGACUAGAAGUUUACCUUGGGAGGAUGCCGAGAUAGAUGCAAUUCAUUCUUUGCAACUCAUUCUGAAAGAGCUGUUGAAAGAUGUUGCUAAUAACAAUCCUAAUGACAAUAUGCAGGCGCGUGUUGGAGAUGAGGAGUUGAAAGGAAAGAAAAAGCUCGACCCUGUUGCUGCUGAAAUGGGAAGGAUUAUUGAGACUGCAAAUGCUCCAAUAUUUUCAGUAAACGCUGAGGGUUGUAUCAAUGGUUGGAAUGCAAAAAUUGCUGAGUUGACAGGCUUACCAGUUGAUCGAGCAAUAGGAUUGUCCUUGUUUAACCAAAUUGUACACGAAGAAUCCAAAGAGACUGCUGUAAAACUUGUUUCUCAGUCACUCAAAGGUGAAGAAGAGAAGAACGUGGAAAUAAAAAUGAGGAAAUUUGGUUCCAGUGAGGAUAAGAUGCCUGUUCAUGUUGUGGUUAAUACUUGUUGUACCAAGGGUGACAGUGAUAAUAUAUUUGGGGUAUGUUUUGUAGGCCAGGAUGUUACUCCUCAGAAAGUUCUCUUAGGAGAAUUUAUCAAAUUAGAAGGCGAUUACCAGGCCAUCAUGCAUAGUCCCAACCCUCUCAUCCCUGCAAUAUUUGGAUCAGAUUUAAGUACAUGUUGUUCUGAGUGGAAUAAGGCUAUGGAGAACAUGACCGGGUGGAGCCGGGAUAUUGUUAUAGGAAAGAUGUUGGUAGGGGAGGUUUUUGGCAACUUUUGUAAGUUAAAAGACGAAGAUGCUAUGACAAACUUAAUGAUUAUGAUCCUUAAUGCAAUUGAAGGACAGAAUACAGACACAAUCCCCUUUGCUUUCUUUGACCGCAAUGGAGAAAUUGUACAAGCUCUGAUUAGUGCACAUACGAGGGUUAAUAUGAAUGGUGAGAUUAUUGGGACAUUUUGUUUCUUGCAGAUUCCAAGUCCUGAUAUGAAACAAGCUUUGGAAUUGGAAAAGCAACAAGAUCUCGAAUUGGAAAGGAAACAAGCUCUAGAAUUAGAAAGUAUGCAGAAAUUGAGUUAUAUAUGCGAAGAACUAAAAAAUCCUUUGAGUGGUAUAUGCACUACUAAUUCAGACUUGGAAGGCAGCGGACUAACUGAAGAGCAAAAGCGAUAUCUCCAAAUAAGGACUGCUUGUGUGAAACAGAUUACACAGAUCAUAACAGAUGUUGAUCAGGACAUCCUUGAUAAAGGGUUAUUCAAGUUUGACAAGACAGACUUCCUGCUCGGAAAUGUGAUAAAUGUUGUUAUUAGCCAAGUAACGUUGUUGCUGAAGGGAAGAGAUGUGCAGCUUAUACAUAACAUUCCUGAAGAAAUUAGAAGGCUGAUUGUUUAUGGUGAUGAAGCAAGAGUUCAGCAGGUGUUAACAACAUUUUUGUCAAGUAUGGUAAACCAUGUCCCGGAAGGGUGGGUUGAUUUUCAACUUCAACCCAUUAUGCAGCAGAUUUCUGGUGAUACUACUAACCUUCCUUUUGAAUUCAGGAUUGGGUGCUGCGGGGAAGGCCUCCCUCAGGAACUGAUCCAGGAGAUGUUUCAUAUGAGUGGAUGGGUGACUCCGGAAGGUUUGGGAUUAAGUACUUGCAGGAAAAUAUUAAGUCAGAUGAAUGGUCGUGUUGAGUACACGAAAGAGUCCAACGUAUGCUAUUUCACAAUUACCCUUGAUCUACCCAUGAGUAAGAACUGGGAGCAUCAAUGUUGA